AUGCCUCUUCUUGAUCCAACAGACCGCCAGCGUCUACAUUUCUCCCGGCCAGAGACUGUAGGAGGUCGGGGUCAGCAGAGAAAUGAAGCCACGUGCACAACCUUCGGCUUUUACGCCAACGGCUCCCUGGAGGUGAACGUGAGCCGGCUGCACCUCAGCCCUGCCAGCGCCAAGCAGGAGAAGCUUUGGGUCGGCUUCAGCUUGUCCAGGACCAGGCUUCGCGAGACUCUCUCCUACCCUGGGAAGGAAACUCAUAACUGCACCUUGGAACAAACCGGAGCCGAGUCCCGGAUCCUCUUCCUCAUCGAUGCCAAAAAUAACCAGGUCCGGGUGCAGAAGCUGGGCGAGCAGAAGAAGCUGCAGAUUUAUCCCGGUUGGAUCUCCGAGGCGCAGAAUGGGGGCUCGGAUCCGAAAUCCGCCGAUGGCGGCAAGGCCCAGGUUGCUGCCAGUGCAGGCACAGCACCCCAGCAGGCAACGCCUGGGAAAGGGCCUGAGGCGGACGGCGCCCAGAAGAAGACAGAGGGCGAAGUCAAGCAGCAGGAUUCCAGCCACCGAGAGAAAGAUCAGGCCCUGGAUCUCGGGAGUGUGAAUGGCUCCUACAACUUCAGCUUCCACGUCUUCAUCAGCUCGGAGGCGGAAGGUCUGUACAACCUCAACUUUCACAACUGCCACAACAGAGCCCCAGGAAACCAGCUGCCUUACGACAUCACUGUGAUGAUCCGAGAGAAGAACCCGGACGGGUACCUGUCCGCUGCCGAGAUCCCCCUCAUCAAACUCUACCUGGUCAUGUCCGCCUGCUUCUUGGCCGCGGCCACCGUGUGGGUCUACUUCCUCUGCCAGCACAAGUUCAGCGUGUUCAAAAUCCACUGGCUCAUGGCUGCCUUAGCGUACACCAAGGCCCUCUCGCUCCUCUUCCACAGCAUCAACUACUAUUUCAUUAACACCGAGGGGCACCCGAUCGAGAGCCUGGCCGUCAUGUAUUUCGUGACCCACCUGCUGAAGGGCGCCCUGCUCUUCAUCACCAUCGCGCUGAUCGGGACGGGCUGGGCCUUCAUCAAGUACAUCCUGUCGGACAAAGAGAAGAAGCUCUUUGUGGUCGUCAUCCCGCUGCAGGUGAGCUGGGGGGGGCGGGGACAUAGGGAUCCAGCAGGUCCAUCCGCCACCUCCAGGAGGCCUCCACUACAGACGGCAAAGGGCCGUGGCCUCAUUCGCUCUCUCCCCCCCCAGGUCGUGUGUUACAUUUACUUCUCCCGCGUCCUCGCCAUCCUGCUCAAAUUCACCGUCCCCUUUCAGUGGCAGUGGCUCUAUGAGCUCCUGGUUGAAGUCUCUACCCUGGUUUUCUUCAUCCUCACGGGAUACAAGUUCCGCCCGGCUUCGAACAACCCUUAUCUCCAGCUGCCCCAAGAGGACGAGGAGGAGGAGGAGGAACUGCAGAUGAACCAAGUGUAA